UUUGAUAUAGGUGGCGUUUUUAUUUAUAAUGGAAGAAAUGUCAGUUUCAUUGAAGGUUUUUGCAAAGUUGGAUGUGAUUUAAGCAUUAUUCUUCAAUUAAAAUAAAUAUUUUUGAUCGAAUUAUUUGAACGAAAAGUUAUCGGAAUCAUGGAAUUAAUUAACGUAAUCGAAUUGACAAUGCGCUAAUCAUAAUUGUGUUUUAAUUGAAUGAGAACAAAAUGAACUGAAAAUACACAUACACAUCGUUUGAGCAACGUAACGUAAAUACUAACAAUAUAAAAUUCCGUUUGUAUAUAGAAAUCUUUUGUGUGCUUAAAAAUAAUAAACAUAAAAUAGAAUUAAAAACAUGUGACACACGAUAUUAUAUCCCAUUGAAUGUUGUGUGGUGGAAUUUUUUGAAUGUCAACAUUCAAAUUUUGCGUUUACAAGGCGAUGAAAAAUAAUGACUUUUUAAUGAAAACGACAAUGUCGUUGGAUAUACACAACAUUUUGUUUUCGGGACGGCAUACAAUGAACAUAAAAGAAUGAUGAUUACUUGAAAAAGAUAUGUAUUUUGGUAGCUCGUUUAAAUGAGUGUUACACGAGAGAGAUGUAGAUGAAUAAAAUCAAAAUAAAUAAAACGAAAAAUUAAACAAAUAUUGAAUCCGAGAAAGAAAAAAACAGACCAAAUAAAUAAAUCGAUAAAAACCCGACAGUCUUAAUAUUUGAAAGGAGAAAAAAAACUUAAUUUAAAUAAUUCCGUUUUUGGUGAUCUCGUUAAACAAUUUAUAAGAAGAAGAAGAGUGUCUUACGUAAUAAAGGUGUUGUUCGGAUCGUACAUAAAUCAAAUCAAAUUAUCCACAUCCACGUCGAGCCCAAUUGAGAAAAGUGUGAGCAAAACUGCAUCAAAAUUGAUAGAGAAUUUCACAACCGUGCCGAAAGGCAUUUCAUGGGAUCAACUGCUAUGAUGAUGGAACGGAUACCUUCGUUAUCUUUGCCCGGACUGUCGCUGUCGCAUCCAUUGUCGAUACCCACAACGCAAAGUAUGCAAAAUCACCCAUCACACCCACUGAAUACGUUAAAUCUUCACACACAGAAUUUGCAUGCAUCAUCGACAAGUUCAAUGCAUAACUCACAAUCAGCAAACUUACAUCAGACUAUUAUGAAUGGUGGCAACAAUAAUGGUAUGAUGGUGCAAGGUUCGGCGAAGCGAAUACAAGAAGAGCAUAUAAAACGUCCAAUGAAUGCGUUUAUGGUAUGGUCGCGAUUACAGCGAAGGAAAAUAGCGUCAGACAAUCCAAAGAUGCAUAAUUCAGAAAUAUCAAAGCGAUUGGGUGCUGAAUGGAAACUGCUAACUGAAGACGAGAAACGGCCAUUUAUCGACGAAGCUAAACGUUUGAGGGCGAUGCAUAUGAAAGAACAUCCAGACUAUAAGUACCGUCCCAGAAGAAAGCCCAAAGCAUUACGGCGAGAUGGAUAUCCGUAUCCGAUGCCGUAUCCAUCUGUUCCAGUUGAUGCUCUACGAGCUGGCAUAACACCAGGAUAUUUUGGUGCACCUGGACCGGCAUACCACUUAGGCAGUCACCUAUCACAAACGAGUCCUCCAACAAGUCAAGCUUCCCUAUCAUCCCAAAUGGACGUAUCAAAGUUCGCAUUAGAUCGCAACAGUUACCUGGGAUCAUCCGGCCUCUACGACUCAUCAAAGGGACCAAAUGCUAGUCCAUAUGUUGGUCCGUACCUCGAUCCGUCCGUAUUAACGAAAGCCUAUUUCGAUUCGAAAAUCUAUCAGGAUCGUGCCAAUUAUGCGUUUGACAUUUCAAAGAUCUACAGUGCACAACAGCAUAAUGCCGAAGUUGCUAGGAAUAAUAUGGUAAAUAAUGCGACGAUCAUCAACAACAAUAACAGUAAUUUGGAUGAGCGUGAUUCGUCGUCGCAGAUGAGCGAUGCGGAGAAGGGACAGCUUAACAAUUCGGAUGGCCAGUUAGACACACAAUCGUAUAGUGGAAGUGGUAAUUACCAGUAUCCACAAAGUGGUGAUUUCAGGCGUCCGUUGACGGUAAUUUUUUGACCAGAUAAGGGGCAAUGAAAUUAGGCAAUGUAAUUGAUUCGUCGUAACAUUUGUCACAGCGUAAAUUAGAUGUAUGUGGCAUUAGGCUAAUCAAAAUCUUUCGAAAAAAAAAUGUGUUAAUUAACAGCUAUGAUUGGUAAACAUCCCCUGAUGUAGUGAUUAAACAACGUGACCAAAAUUUCAUGCAGCGCUGCUUCACUGUCGUAAGCUGAAGGUUAUAUGCUGUAGCAUAGCAAUGACUGAAAUUGGUUCUUUAAAUUUGAAUUGUUGAAUAGAUUAGGCGUCGAUUAGGUUAUUCUUGGGCACUUCUUUUGAAGUAGUAAAUGACCAAAUUUAUUGAACAAAAACUUGCGAAUACAACGCAUUUUGUCACCACUUCGAUCCUUAGGUUGAAGUGGUUACUUAAACUUCUGACUUUCGGUUUUCAUAUUUCAGCUCAUACCCAAACAUUGGUGACCAAACAGACUGUGCUGAACACAUACGAGACAUUACAAAAGAUGUUUCGAUCAAGUUAGUUCCUUUUAGAAUAAUCUUACGAUCUGUCGGCUUCUACCGGUCAGUAAAACAAGUAAAAAACCUUCUUGUAAUAACAACCGAUUUAGAGUACUCAAUGUGCGUUCAGCAUUGAAAUAGGUACCAAAGGAGUGAAUGUUUGCAGCAGUGCUAAAUCGUAUGGCUAUAGAUUAGAAAGCGGCCUAGAGCAUGAUAUAACGUUUUGAUUACUUCAUUUAAUCAUUACUUUUCUGUAGACUAUCGGUCUACAAAAUUGUUGUUAAUCAGGCGACGGCCUAGAUUAUUGGGAGCCGAGUUGUUGAAAGUGGGAUUUUCGUUGUUCUAAAAGUUAAAAAAUUAUUUCCGUAUAAUGCAAAGUGAAUUUUAUGAUCUCCUAACUGUAUUAUGAUAUUUCGUUUAAAAUAAAAUUGGAUUUUGUAGCAUAAUAAUUGGCCAAUUAAAUUGCAAUUACAUUCUGCGUUAAUCAAAACUUUGUUUCAACUGAAUAUGUCGGUAAUUUUAAAUUGUAUUAUAAAUGAACAUAGAAACAUAUCUUUUUAAAUGCACCCACCAUGCAUGCGAAAUUUAAACUAGAAAAUAUGUAAUUUUGUUUCGUAGAAACGUCUCUAUGCCAGAAUCAGUAUUCAAAAUAAAAAUUAAAAAAAAAAACUUAUAAAUGGUUA